CUCCACCUUUUCACUCGGAGCCUUUUUCAGCCUCGACAUUCAUUUUAUUCCACCUUCAUCCUCUCCCCUCCCCCCACCAUCAAACGCCCCCUCUUCAAAAAAAAACAUCCCCAAAUCUUCGACCGCUCAAUAAGCCCUUCUACCCAUAUUCAAACCCCCCGGGCGCCAUAAAAAGUUUAUCGGCCCAUCAUAAUAAGAUAAGCUGUGCAUCAAGCACAUUAAACAACAGCUCGUUCAACCAUCAUAGCGAUAGCCUUGCGUGCCGGACACCACACCUGGACCGCUCGUGCCAAUCGACUGUACCGCCAUCGCUGUUUGCGUUUCAAUACCUCGCCUUCACCCGAUAUAUCCGAUCUUACUGUGACUACGGUCUCACCGAUCCAACAUGGCGAAAGAUACCAAAUUCUACGAUCUACUUAAUGUCUCUCCAACAUGCACUGAGGCGGAGCUGAAGAAGGCAUAUAAGGUUGGAGCCUUAAAACACCAUCCAGAUAAGAAUGCACACAACCCAGAUGCAGCCGACAAAUUCAAGGAUCUCUCUCACGCCUACGAGAUACUUUCUGACCCCCAGAAGAGACAAAUCUAUGACCAAUAUGGAGAGGAGGGUCUCGAGGGAGGUGGCGGAGGAGGCGGCAUGAACGCUGAGGAUCUCUUCUCUCAAUUCUUCGGCGGCGGCGGAGGUGUCUUCGGCGGUGGUGGUGGUAUGUUCGGCGGUGGAAUGGGCCAGCGUGGGCCACCGAAAGCCCGCACCAUCCACCACGUUCACAAAGUAUCUCUAGAGGAUAUUUACCGGGGCAAAGUUUCGAAGUUGGCACUACAGAAAUCCGUGAUUUGCUCCAAGUGCGAUGGCAGAGGCGGCAAAGAGGGUGCUGUCAAGAAGUGUACUGGUUGUGACGGACACGGCAUGAAGACUAUGAUGCGCCAAAUGGGUCCCAUGAUUCAGCGAUUCCAAACUGUCUGCCCGGAUUGUAACGGAGAGGGAGAAAUCAUUCGCGAGAAGGACAAGUGCAAGCAAUGCAAUGGCAAGAAGACCGUUGUAGAAAGGAAGGUUCUUCACGUUCACGUUGACAGAGGUGUUCAGAGCGGCCACAAGAUCGAGUUCCGCGGCGAAGGUGACCAAACACCAGGCGUUCAACCAGGAGAUGUUGUGUUUGAAAUCGAACAGAAGCCGCAUGCAAGAUUUCAACGCAAGGGCGACGACAUAUUUUACUCCGCAGAAAUCGAUCUCGUCACAGCCCUAGCCGGCGGAAACAUCUUCGUCGAGCAUCUGGACGAGAGAUGGCUCAGUGUUGAUAUUCUGCCCGGAGAAGUUAUAAACCCAGGCUCCGUUAAAAUGGUACGCGGCCAGGGCAUGCCUUCACAUCGUCACCACGACUUCGGCAAUCUUUACAUCCAGUUCGACGUCAAAUUCCCCGAGAAGAAUUGGACAGCCAACCCCGCUGAAUUCGAUGCCCUCAAGUCUAUUCUGCCGCCGACAGUCCAGCCGAUCCUGCCACCUGCAGAGACGAUGACAGAGGCGGUUGAUUUGGAGGACGUAGAUGCAAGCCAGCAAGCACGAGCUGCUGGCCAUGGCAUGAUGGAUGAUGAGGAUGAGGACGGACACCCUGCUGGUGCUGAAAGAGUCCAAUGUGCAUCUCAGUAAUUGACAACUAGACCACUUGGAGAACCGGCGGAUAGGGAAUCACAGCAAUGACGCUUCUCCGUAGGUUCUACACCUUACUUUAUGGGCACAUUGUGAUUAGCUCUGAACAUUGCAUUCGGGCAAUCGCUGAUCGCUUCUAAGCGUGGAUACGGUUCCUCAUUUAACUCAGCGGGUUUAGCUGGAUAGCGAGUUAUUCCUCUCGCUCCCCAGCGUUGAUUCUGCGUUUCAUUGUAAUAGGCGUUUAGAGAUAUAGACAAAUCAUGAAGACUAGUAGGCAUGAACCAGUUAACAAUUA